AUGAUAAUAUUAUAUGCUCUAAUUUUAGUUUAAAGCAUUUUAGCUUCUUCAAUUCAGCUUAAUGAACGUAAAUAUUUUUAAGAUGAGAAUGGAGCUAUCAGAAUUUUUCAUGGAUUUAAUGUAGUAUAUAAAUAAGCCCCUUAUAUCCCAAAAAUAGAGGGGUUUGAUUAUAUGGAGACCUUUAGUGAGGAAGAUUGUAAAAUUAUCAGCGAUAAUGGUUUUAAUGUGAUUAGACUUCACGUUUCAUUUGAAGGAGCAAUGCCUAAGAGAGGAGAAUUGGAUGAAUAGUAUUUAGAUAAGAUUUUGAUGAUUGUAAGAAUGGCUGCAAAAUAUAAUAUAUAUGUUAUUUUGGAUGCUCAUCAAGAUUUAUUUAAUCGUUAAUUUUGUGGAAAUGGAUUUCCUGAUUGGGCAACUUAAAAAAUAGAUUUUCCAUCACCUACAAAUAUUCAAAUGAGAUUUGAUUCACAAAAUUAUCCAUUAUUAGAAGAUUGUUAUAAGUAAAAAUUUGCUUUAUAUUAUUCUUCAAAUGAUAUUGGAAAACAUUUUGAAAUGCUUUAUGAAAAUCAGAAUGGAUUAGCAGAUUUUUUUGGUUAAUUUUGGUAAAGAAUAGCAGAAAAAAGCAAAAAUGAAUGGAAUGUUAUUGGUUAUGAAAUUUUAAAUGAACCAUCCCCAGGAAAUUAUUAAAAAGGCAAAGUUGACUUCUUUUGGCCAGGAUAUGCAAAUAAAAAAUAUUUAGUAUCAUUUUAUAAAUUGAUCCAUAAUUAUAUAAGAAAGGUCGAUAACGAAAAAAUAAUAUUUUUUGAAUCUGAUUUUUUAGAUGUAUUAGGAGCUGGUUUUGAUUAAAAUAUAGGUGGAAUUGAAUAUUAAAAUAAAGAAGUCUUUAGUUACCAUGUUUAUUGUGGUAUAGAAAAAAUUUCUUCUUGGAGUUGUAAUAGAAUUAAUUCUUUACUUUAUUACCUUAAGAUGAGAAACGUUUAAAAACUUAAAAUAGGAGGUUUUUUAACAGAGUUUGGAGCUGUUGGAAACGAUGAAUCAUCAAAAGACAUACUUGAUUUUAUUCUUGAUAAAGCUGAUUAUUACUAAUAAUCUUGGACUUAUUGGUAAUAUAAAGGAUAUAAUGAUCAUACAACUAUGUCAACUAUGUAUGAAGAAGGACUCUUUAAUGAAGAUGGAUCAUUUUAAAAUCUAAAAUUUAAUGCUUUAAGAAGACCUUAUGCUUAUUAAAUUUGUGCAGAUUAUAUAGAAACUAAUUAAUAUUAUUCUGAUACUAAAGAGUUUUUUUUAACGUUUAGGACCAAGUCUGGUUGUUAAACAAAAGUCUUUAUUCCUUAACAAUUAGAUUCUUCAUUUGUUUUUGAUUAUAAAUGCAGAAAUUGUUCAUUAAUUAAAAUUGAAAAUUAGCAUUAUGAAGUUGUCGGAGAUGGCGAUAUUGAGUUAUAUUUUUAAUUAUGA